AUGUCAUUCAAGGGCAGAAUUUUGAUCCAGGCCAGUAGGGCGAAGUUUAUUGAGAACAUGAGGAUUGAAUCAGUCGCCGAAAGUGUGCACGAGCUCUCGGUGACUGAACUCCAAUCUAAGCUCGACAUGUUGGAAAACCAUUGGAACAUGUUUGACGCCUUACAUCUCAAGCUGCUGACAGCCAAGGACAACGAGGAGGUUCUCGAUCAUGCCUACGUGAAGGAGGAGGUGUACGAUAAAUGUCUCGGAAUGUACUCCGCUGCUCGAACUACGUUCAUGGGACUCAUCAAGGGACUGGAUGAGUCAAUUGAUCUCUCGGAGUCAUUUCGUCGUCCAUCUGUCACAUCUCAAUCGGCGCAAGUGACUCAUAGGCAAUUACCUAAAAUCUCUCUCCCGACCUUCUCAGGGAACUUCUCGGAGUGGACUCCAUACAAGGAUCUCUUCCUCUCAAUGGUGGUUGGGAAUCCCGCUCUCUCGACCGUGGAGAAGUUCCACUAUUUGCUCACUUCUCUCACUGGCGAGGCUAAGCAGCUCAUCUCUACCUUGCCAGUAACCCAUGACUCCUUCAUGCCAGCUUGGAACACUCUCUUGGCCAGGUACGACAACGAGAGGUUGCUCAUCUCCACCCAGUUGGAGAAGCUUUUCUCUGCUCCAAAAGUCAUCAACCGCUCAGCCAGGGAAUACAACGCACUUCUCAACUCUGUAGCUGAAGCGUUGAAUGCUUUGGAGUCUCUCGGUCGUCCUGUCAAGCAGUGGGAUGACAUGCUUGUCCACUUA